UAUCACAGUCAAACCGUGAAACAGUUGGGAAUUCUCAAAUUCAGGACAUCAUAAUGAUUUGGAGGGCAAUGCAGCAUCCGGCUGAAGAAGCGUACUCCAGUGUGAGAUUGGCCCUCACAAGAGUCUCGUAUUCAUCCCAUACUGAUCAAAAUCGAUUCCAACUGCGAAGGAACUCAAAAGGGGGGCGACUCGCAAAGGCAGCCUUCGUGCCAAAACCCUCCCCUGAUCAACAAACCCAAGCACCUAAUGAGAGAAAACAAGAAGAAAAAAAGCCCGGCAAGAAGUAAAAUAAUAAGCAAGUCUCCAGCGACCGCGGGCGCCCGGAUAAACAAUAAACAGUUCCCAACACGUCCUCGUCAUCAGUGCAAAAUAUUUCGUGUUGGGGUAGUAAAAGAACUCAAUGCGUGGUGCUGGGGUGAUGCUCUCUUCCGGAGCGGUUGGGCCGGGCCGAAAGCAAUGAUACAAGAAAAAUGGUGGAUGUGUGAAAGAUGUCAUACGGAGCCGUCGGAAAUUUUUGUUCUUCUCAUGCUGAUCCAGAGCGAUGGACUGUUGUAUCACGCGCACGUCUGGGGCCGACGAGUGGAAUGGAUCUCAUCAGCGAAACGGACGACGGCUCGACGCAUGUAUCCGGAGAGGCCGGAAGUCGGCUUGCGGACGCAGUGUUUUUGGCCAAAGUCGGACGGGUUCUUGCGGGGAACCGUCUUCGUAUUCGGUGACGCGGCGUCGGUCGGUGUAGGAGGUGAGGACGGGCCUGCAGACAAGUCGUUGGAGGAAGUCUGAAGGCGUGCCGCAGACCCGUCAAAUUGUCAUUCGAUACCGUGCUGUUUUUUCAACUGAGCUAAACUUUCCCGGCGGGCCUCGAGGUCCUCUCUUGACUUGAGCAUCUUCUCUGGCUGGUGAUAUAGAACUGCAGGAGGAUGAGGUUAAAUUACGA